AGGAAUUAAUAAAAUGUGUUUUAUUGUUAAUCCCAUAUACUACAAACCAUAUAUCCCUCAACCCCGUUUUAUCUUCAUCUUCAUCAAACGUAAUUCCAAAACAACCCCAUCACUCACUCACUCUAGUUGUUAGCUUCAUCCUCUCAAUCGGCCCCCCACAGCCGUGGAUAAGAUGUUUCUGUGAAAUCUUGGCCCUAUGUUCAUCGGAUUAACCUAGUAAGAGAUUAGGGGAAAACUAGGAAACUGGGAAAGUUGUUUUUUAUUUAAGGUUUUUUUAGGCAUGGAGAUAAAUAGCAGCUGCAACACCGCCGUGAAGACGCCGGAGGCGGACUCGGAGACGCCGACGGCGGCGGCGCGGAUUUAUCCGGCGAAGCCGUUGUCGUACAGUAGCAACGGGGUGUUGAAGCGGCUGAACCACGCGCGUUACGGCGGUGGGUUUGGGAGCAACGGGCACCACGCGGUGGUGGUGCACUACAGGGAAUGUUUGAAGAAUCACGCGGCGGCGCUUGGGGGGCACGCGGUGGAUGGGUGUGGGGAAUUCAUGGCUUCGCCAACGGCCAACCCGGCGGACCCGACAUCCUUAAAAUGCGCCGCGUGUGGGUGUCACCGCAAUUUCCACCGCCGUGAGCCGCCGGAGGAGGCGCGUUCCCCGCACGAGGCGGUGGCGGCGCUUGAGUACCAGCCGCACCACCGCCACCACCCUCCGCCGCCGCCGCCGCAGGCCGGGUGCCAUAGCAGCCCCAAUUCCUCGUCCCCGCCGCCGAUCUCCUCGGCGUAUUACCCCUCCGCGGCGCCUCACGUGCUUCUCGCCCUCGGCACGGGCCUGUCCGCGCUACAAACGGAUUCCGUCACCGCCAACCACACCUCCGUCACUCCUCCGUCAAAUCCUAACGGCAGAAAACGGUUCCGAACGAAAUUCACCCAAGAUCAGAAAGACAAAAUGUUGGAGUUCGCCGAUAAAAUCGGGUGGAAGAUUCUGAAGCGAGACGAAGAUCUCAUCAACGAAUUCUGCGCAAAAAUCGGCGUAGAAAGAGGAGUUCUUAAAGUAUGGAUGCACAACAACAAGAACACCGCCGGCAAGAAAGAUCAACCGCCCUCCGCUGCCGCUGCCGCCGCCGCCGCGGACGGCGGCGAUUUCGAUUUAGUUACCGCCGCCGCCGCCUGUCAAUUCGACGUCAAGAACGAAAACAACAGCCGCACUGUUUCUACCGCUCUCACCGCCACUAAUGGAUCUUUCUAUUCUUCUUGAUCCGCCAUGGAUCCAUGGAUUAAAAACACUAGCUUUUCUUUCUUAUUAGCUCUUAUUAGUUCUUAAUUUCUUAUUAGCUUUUCUGCUUAUUAGAUUAGUGUACUUCUACUCUAAUUAAUUAACCUUUUGUUCACUGUUCUAUUAUCUUCUUC